AUGUGUGUUAAGGAUUUGAUAUUUCACAAGUUAAUGUUCUACCUACAAUUACAAGAUCCAAAGAAAUGGUUGGACGACGCAGAAAUAGUUAAAUUUCCUUACAACAUAUUUUCUGGUAUUACUUAUAUCAAUAAAGGUGCUUCGGGACAAGUUUAUAGAGCCAAAUGGAAGAGUGAUAUGGAUGUAGCAUUGAAAGAAAUUAUGAAAAAGACGAAAAAAGAUGACGGUGAAGUUAUGAAACAAUUUGUCCACGAGUUUAGAUCACAUAAUCAAGUUGAUGGCCAUGAAAAUAUUUUGAAUAUUUAUGGGAUAACGCAAAAUCCUAAAUCGGGAAAUUAUUCAUUGGUUUUACAAUUCGCUAACCACGGGACGCUCCAUGAAUAUUUGUCUGCAAAUGUUGAUAAAUUGGACUGGACAAAAAAGUUAGGUUUGGCAUAUCAGCUUGCUAGUGGCAUACAAGCAUUGCAUAGUAAAGGAAUAAUUCAUCGAGACUUGCAUGCGGGAAAUGUUCUUAUAGUCGAUGAUAAUAUUAAGAUUUCGGAUUUCGGAUUGUCAAAAUCUAGAGAAAAAGUUUAUGGAAAAUGA